AUGCAGCGGUUUCCACAGUUUAGAGAGGGAAAUUGUUACCCUGGUCCAUUGAUCCUACUGCCAGAAGCUGCUAUACUAAAACGCUGGCGAACUUCAAUCUCUCGCUUCGUCGUGCACACAUCGGCACAGCAAUCUUCCCACCCCCGGAAGAACUCUGGCCCCCAUAAGAGUCAGCUCCAUUUCGAUGAACAAAACCACCUUCUUUGCCCCAGCCUGCUCCGGCAUCCGAGUCGCGUUGUGCCCAGCCUAAGAAGCCCACGACCGAGUCAAAGACAGUAG